CAGAAGGAAAUUGUAAACAUAGCUACUCCAGUGCUUUGCCAGAGUGCAGUCAAGUUUGCUUUAUGGUUUAGUCUCCGGUUAUUUUGUGUAUGCAGUGGAGUAUAUUUACAGUUUAAGAAUGUGUUAACAUUUAUGUGUGAGGAAAUAUCACAGAAAGUCGCCGGUUAGCCGAAAAGCUUAGUACAAUUUUGACUUGGGGUAGCCUACAGCUGGCUAGCUUCGCGUCUAGUGACCACAGGGCACAAACCCUUACUGUCGGGGGUGGCUGGCUUCUGGACUUUCGUGGGUUUUUGUAGCCCACUAAACGGCGAUAAACAACAUGGCAGACGUGGACACGUCUUCCAAACAAGCAGACGAGGUCGAGCAGCUGAAGGAGGAGGAAGAAGUGGAGGACGAAGAGGAGCUCCCUCACUCGGAGUUUCUGGACAUCUUUGAGGAAGGGCUGGCCAUGAUAGUUCAGGACCCGCUGCUCUGCGACCUGCCCAUCCAAGUCACCCUGGAGGAGGUCAACUCGCAGGUGGCGCUUGAGUACGGCCAGGCGAUGACUGUGCGAGUCAUGAAGGCGGAUGGAGAAGUCAUGCCCAUCGUAGUGGUGCAACAGGCUACGGUGCUCCACUUGAAGAAGGCCAUCCAGCGCUUCAUGGAGCUGAAGCAGCAGCGUGAGGGGGGCAUCAAGCACAUCAGCUGGAGGUACGUGUGGAGGACCUUCCACCUGGUCUACGGAGGAGAGAAGAUGGACGACGACACCAAGAAACUCAAGGACUACGGCAUCAGGAACAGAGACGAGGUGACCUUCAUGAAGAGGCUGAAGAAGAAAUGACCUUCAGGAAGAGGCUGAGGAAGAAAUUACCUUCAUGAGGAAGCUGAGUGUAACAGAGGCCAACUAGCAGAGUGUGACGUGGACUGUUAGUCCCCCCCACUUCAAGCACAGUGACUAAUUAGUAAACCUCCCUUCCGAAGCCUCAUACAGUAUCGUUAGCACUAGCAUUUGGAUGACAGAACAUUUGGUAAUUCCAUCUCACAAAGACUUUAUAACAGGAGAACAUUCUCGAGUCCAAGCUUAAGCCUGCCAACACUUUUUUUCCCCAAAGGAAGUGUCAAAGGAAGUCCUCUAAUGUGUCGUGCUUCACACACAAAGAGACGAACAUGCAUGCAUCGUGUUCUUGUCUCCACAUACAGUACUUGCGUUACAUUACAUUACACUUAGCUGACGCUUUUAUCCAAAGUGACAAACAGUUAAUAUUUUUCAGGGUAUUUGUUAUAGUCUCUGGAGCAAUGUGGGGUUCUGUGCCUUGCUCAAGGGCACUUCAACCAUUGAUUAAAGUGUAGGGAGAGGUCAGGUGGGAUUCAAACAACCACCAGAUUGAAAGACCACCUCCCUAACCAUAAUGCCACGACUGCCCCGUGGAGGACAAUACAUAGCUCACAUUCAGGCUUUCCUUGACUUUUCCAUGACUUCCCUGACCUAAAAUCUGAACUUUUAUGACUGGUUGAAUAUGGAAAUGUCCAAUAUAACAACUGAGCUGAUGUAAGGGACAUGUCAGGGUCAUCGGAAAGACAUGACAUGUAUCAGAAAACAAACCGGUUACUAACAAUUAACAGCCCCCUUACAUAAACAGCUUAACAGUUUUGUUAAAAGUUAACUCAAACAGAAAUUACAUUUGCAAUACAAAAUCUUUUUAGGGUGCAUGGGCCAAUUGGGAAGUGUGUCUUUUCAAGGUGGCUUAUAUAACUAUGAACGCUGGGAGAAAACCCUGACACCAGCUUUUUUUCUUUAAGCCCCGAUGGUAUGUGGAUGAAGCCGUGGGCUCACCUGACGUGUAAGGUCACAUGAUUCCCCAAGACGCUGGCUGCUGAGGUGGAAUGACGUCCACACCCCU